AUAAUGUUUUGGUCAAAUGACAAAUGAAAGGUUUAUCUUAUUUUUGACGUUUGACACUUGACAGUUCUUCAUUUUGUGUCAACGAGAUUUGUUGUACACAAUGGGUCGUGUUAUUAGAGCUCAGCGAAAAGGUGCUGGGUCUGUUUUCAAGUCCCACACGAAAAGGAGGAAGGGAGCCCCAAAACUGAGAUAUCUCGACUUCUCAGAGCGACAUGGAUACAUUAAAGGUGUCGUCAAGGAUAUUAUGCACGAUCCUGGCAGAGGAGCCCCGUUAGCUGUUGUGCAUUUCCGUGAUCCUUACAAGUUCAAGACGAGAAAGGAACUGUUUAUUGCCCCCGAAGGAAUGUACACAGGACAGUUUGUCUAUUGUGGAAAGAAAGCUAACUUACAAAUUGGAAAUGUUUUGCCUGUGGGUACUAUGCCUGAAGGUACUAUUGUAUGUAAUUUAGAAGAAAAGACUGGCGAUAGAGGUCGGUUGGCCAGAGCUUCAGGCAAUUAUGCUACAGUUAUUGCACACAACCAUGAUACAAAAAAAACUAGAGUUAAAUUACCAUCUGGCGCAAAGAAAGUUAUUCCAUCCAACAACAGAGCUAUGGUUGGUAUCGUUGCUGGAGGAGGUAGAAUUGACAAACCUAUUCUUAAAGCCGGUAGAGCGUACCACAAAUACAAGGUUAAGCGUAACUGCUGGCCUAAGGUGCGUGGUGUUGCCAUGAACCCCGUAGAGCAUCCUCACGGUGGUGGUAACCAUCAACACAUUGGUAAAGCUUCGACAGUCAAGAGAGGAACCUCUGCUGGGCGGAAAGUUGGUCUUAUUGCUGCUAGAAGGACGGGUCGUAUUCGUGGUGGUAAAGUGGACAGCAAGAAAGAAGAUUAGAUAUUUAUGUUGGAUGAUGAUUCGUUAAAUGAACAGUAUAAUGUUUUAUUGAUCUGCAUUGUAGUGUUCAUUUAAUGAGUUGAAUUUGUACUAUUUCUUAAGAAAUAAAAAUUAAAAACUACA